AUGUCGUCAGAGGAAGAGCCUAACCCAUAUGAGCUCCUAGGAAUACCCCUCGAGUCUACCGAGCAGGAGAUCAAGACCGCGUAUCGUCAGCGGUCUCUGAAGGUCCACCCAGACAGGAAUCGUGGUAACCCAGAUGCAGCCAAGAAGUUCCAUGAGCUCAACCAAGCCUACGAGCUACUGCUCGAUCCGCUGCGACGCAUGGCGCUGGACGCCAAGAUGCGGCUCAAGGAAGCCCGCAAGGCACGCUACGCACAGUACGACGCGAAACGCAAGAAUCUUGUUGAUGAACUCGAGGAACGCGAGCGAGCCUUCAAGAAGACCAAGGUUGAGAAAGAGGAGAAGCAAAAAGAGAUGUGGCGUGAAAACGAGCGGCUUAUGGAGGAAGGUAGGAUCUUGCGCGAGAAGAAAGAGAGGGAGCUGAGGGAGAAGGUUGAAGAGGCGGAGAUGAGGGCGAAAGCGGCGCAGGCUGAACUUGACCCACCAAGUCUAGGCACUCUCGAUACGACAGUCAAGGUCAAAUACCAACUCGGCGCACGGCCAGACAUCACAACAGCGGACCACAUCCGCAGUCUCUUGUCCCCGUUCGGCGCAAUCGAAAGCUCAGAGAUUGUCUUCUCGCUAAAACCUGCACCGCCGAAGAAACCCAAGCGAGGCACGGCUCUUGUACCCUUCAAGCAGAUAAGCGACGCUUUUGGUGUAGUGUGUGCUAGUGGUCGUGCCGACCGUGGUCUAGCAGGAGUGGAGAUUACCUGGGCAGAAGGCAAGGAGCCAGAGCUGAUCGGAUGGCUGAAGAAGAUGGGCAAGCUGGGCGCAGUGCAGCCACUCUCCCGACAGGGUUCGGACAUAAUUAUGGAGUCGCGGUCGCAGUCGCAGUCUCAGUCGCAAACGGAGCCCGUGCCGCAGGAGGCAACACUAUCUGCUCCGACGAGUAACGGCGCGUUCUCCACAUUCCCGUCAAGCUUCCCUUCAUCAUUUCCUAAUCUAUUCGAGAGGCCAACGCUGGGCAGCAAUACUCCGGGCCUCGACUACGAGUCUAUCACGCUCAUGCGUCUAAGGCAAGCAGAGAGGGAAAGGUUAGAACGGGAGAUGCGAGAACGUGAAGCUCAGGAUGAAUGA